AUGCUCGUGCCCCCCGAGAUGAUGGCGGCCCAAUCCAAGCUCGUCUACCAAAUGAACAAGUAUUACAAUGAGCGGGUCGCCAACCGUAAGGCACAAAUAGCGAAGACCAUCCACGAAGUCUGUAGGAUAGUGCAAGAUGUCCUCAAAGAGGUGGAGUUGCAAGAGCCGAGGUUUAUAUCAUCGUUGACGGACUACAACGGUCGGUUCGAUGGCCUAGAAGUGGUGUCACCGCAUGAGUUCGAAAUCGUCAUCUACUUGAACCAAAUGGGUGUGUUGAAUUUCGUCGAUGACGGCUCCCUCCCCGGGUGCGCCGUUUUGAAGCUCAGCGACGGCCGCAAACGCUCCAUGUCCCUGUGGGUGGAGUUCAUCACCGCUUCCGGUUACUUAUCGGCCAGGAAGAUCAGAUCUCGAUUCCAGACGUUGGUGGCACAGGCUUGCGACAAGUGUUCCUACAGAGAUUGCGUCAAAAUGAUCGCGGAAACUACCGAGGUGAAAUUGCGGAUACGCGAAAGGUACAUCGUGCAAAUAACACCGGCAUUUAAAUGUGCCGGCCUGUGGCCUCGGUCUGCGGCGCACUGGCCUCUACCCGCUAUCCCGUGGCCCCAUCCAAACAGUGUUGCCGAAGUGAAAACCGAAGGAUUCGAUUUGUUAUCGAAAGAGUGUCUAGCGUUGCAAGGGAAAAACUCCGCCAUGGAGGGCGACGCUUGGGUAUUAAGUUUCUUCGAGGCUGAAAACCGGUUGCUACACGGUGGCUGCCGACGAAAAUGUCUGAGUAUAUUGAAGACGAUCAGAGACAGACAUUUAGACUUGCCCGGGAAUCCGGUCACGUGCUACCACAUGAAGACGCUCCUGCUAUACGAGUGCGAGAAGCAUCCGCGUGAGCACGAAUGGGAUGAAGGUGCAAUAGGUGACAGAAUCAACGGUAUAUUCUUGCAGUUGAUCUCGUCACUGCAGUGCCGGCGAUGCCCGCACUAUUUCCUGCCACACGUGGACUUGUUCAAGGGUAAGUCGCCGACGGCGUUGGAGAAUGCAGCGAAGCAGGUAUGGAGGCUCACCAGAGAAAUGCUCACCAACUCCAGAGCGUUCGAGAAGUUGUGAACUGUAACGCUGCCAAGCAGUGACAGUGGUGUAUGUCGAUAAUAUAAUCCUUGAGUCAUUUUCUUUAGAUUUAGGGGAAGAAGCAUUUUCUGUGUGCUCGAAUCCAAUAGGAAUGUCGUGUGGGCAGUAUAGUGAUUGUUGUAUACGCGUUAUGUUAUGUGAAACGAUAAUUCCAUUUGGAUCGGACUGACUGUAAGUAGAAGUGAUAAUACUAAUAGGAUAGAACCUUCUCGAAAUAUAAUUUUGUGAUAUAUUGUAAAUAGCUUAAAUAUCGUUGUACAAUUUUAGUGAUAUAUUUAAUUUAAAAGCGAUCUGUAUUUAUUUGACUGAAAUCUUUUUUAAGUAGGCACACUACUUACCUAUAUUCUGUAGUUAAAAUAAAUAAUUAUGAAAU